UGUAAUGCAGCUGUUAGGAUAGCCUGCAUAAUGCCAUUGAAUACCUUAUUUUUAUCUUUCUUUGGAGCAGUUUUGCUUCAAAAUUAUAUGAUCUAAUCGCGGAAACAAUGCCACUAGACCAACAGGAACUCGAGCUAACAUUGGCGCUGUCACUGCCCCUAUCCCGCAUUGACAGCUGGGUUACGCGGAGGCUCGUCGGUCGUAUGCUUUGUGUGAUGCGGGAAGCUGCUGAACGUUUUGUUGUGGAAUGAAAUCGACAUUGUGAUAAAGUCUUUGUUCAUCUUUUUAUUCAAAACGGAGUUUGAAAUUCGGCAAGGAGAGAUGAAGAAUCUACUCCCUGGGAUAGUCCUGACGUUUUUGAUAUUUUUAGAGUGCAUAGAGGCCAAAAAGUACUGCUGGUAUUUUGAAGGCGGAUACCCCAUCUACUUUAUAUGCCGCUCGUACGAGGACUGCUGUGGGACCCGAUGCUGUGUCCGAGCCCUCUCCAUCCAGCGGCUGUGGUACUUCUGGUUGAUGCUGAUGAUGGGGGUGCUAUUCUGCUGCGGAGCGGGCUUCUUCUUCCGCAGGUGCAUGCACCCCUCGCCCCUCAGCGACGAGCAUGCCUUCAACGUCUCCUUCACCAGGCAGCCUGUGUCCACGCCAGUAUCCCAGCAGCCUGGCAUGGUAGGCUAUGGCGACCCCGGCGGCGUCAUGACUUCCCCCCUCACCCCCGUCUACCCCAUCCAGCCCGGCCCCGCCCAUAUGAUGAACGACUACCCUCCACCGCCCUCGUACUGCAACCACCCACCCCCGCCUUAUGAACAGAUUUUCCGGACACCAGAGAAGAAGUAAGUCUCAGUGGCGUUUCCCUCCGUUCCUCCUCCUUCGUUGUGACAUCACCAGCAGAACGGACAAGGACACGAGGGGACAGCCACAGUGUCUGUCCACUGUUAUACUGUCAGCCCAAGUGCUCACCCAGGUCACAGGGACAAGAAACUGAGAACCACCUAGAGGAACAAACUGUCCUUCCUGAGGACCUGGAUACAGACUGGCUCAAUAUGUCUCCAUGGUUUAAAUUUUCAAAAUCAUUCAUUCUUUCUAAUUUACACAAAAGCAUAAUUAUAUAUAUAUAUAUGUCUUUUUCUGCUGACAGUGCCAUCUUGAUGAGCAUGGUCUGUGACUGAUCUGUAGUGAGGCACUCGGACUCCUGUAAAUGACACAACUGAGGAAUUUCAAUGGAGAAUGCUGACCCAAGAUCAGCACAUUGCUUCUAGAUGAACAGAUUCAUGUUAGCAUUAUGGUAGCGUAAGCUGACCUAGGACCAGGGCAUAAGAACAGACACUGUCUAAAACUGUACACGAGUGACAGAAAAUUGGAGUUGAAAGCCACCUUGGAGAAGUUACUACACAAGGUGUUUUAAAUAGCUGAAAGGGGUAAGGACUCUGUUAGGAUGCGUCCACACUAAUUGGGCUGCUUGUCUAUUCCUGAAUCCUGCGACUAUAAACACUCCGGGCAGGAAGUCUGAUGGCUGUGAAGGAGAGGAAACGGACCUGGAUUUAUCAGACCUAUUAUGUGCGUUGGAGAGAGCGGUAAUUUGGAGAGGCAGAUUUUUUUUUAUUUUUUUUUAUUCACACUAUGUAUUCCUACUGUGCGGACUGUGGCGAUUCAUCCCUCUGGAUCGGGACAACAAACUGCCACAAACUGGCAAGAAAUCCACUCAACCAGCCGGACUCCAAAUUGAGACCAAGUCAUGUGGUUGUCCAUUGUGACAAUUUCAGUCAGUAACAGCAUGUCUUGGGUAAAACGCCAACGCCAUAUUCUCUAAGAAUUCAGUUCCACUCAAGGCCAGAUAUUUUUUUUGGAACUAUCACCACAGAGGUUCAGUAAUGGUUUUUCAGAGAUGUGGACUUCAGUUUGUAUAGUAGGGAGCUCGACCAGAAUGAGGAUGAACUCAAAUCAAUGCGUUUGUUCUGGACACGCAUGCAUGCAGGUUGCAACUGGAUCACGUUUCACUGAGGAGCUCAAGGACUUUGUUUACUGUACCUACGAAGUAUUCACAUCCCUUGUCUUUUUCCACAUGUAGUUGUUACAAAGUUGGAUUCAAAUGUUUUUUUCGUCAACGAUCUACAUAAAAUACUUGAAUGUCAAAGUGUGGGAAAUAUCCUACAGCCACCACUAGGCUUGACAAUAUGGAGAGUGGUACUCAGUAAUACAUUGGAUUGGAUUUGCCCCAAACAUAAAACUUUGUAUUCAGGACAAAAUAUUCAUUGCUUUGCCACAUUUUUUGGCAGUAUUAUUUUAGUGCCUUGUUGCAAACAGGAUGCAUGUUUUGGAAUAUUUUUUAUUCUGUACAGGCUUCCUUCCUUACUCUGUCCUUUAGGUUAGUAUUAUGGAGUUACUACAAUGUUAUUGAUCCAUAUUCAGUUUUCUCCUAUCGCAGCCAUUACACUCUGGAACUGUUUUACGGUCACCAUGGUGAAAUCCCUGAGAGGUUUCCUUCCUCUCCGGCAACUGAGUUAGGAAGGACGCCUGUAUCUUUGUAGUGACUGGGUGUAUUGAUACACCAUCCAAAGCCUAAUUAAUAACUUGACCAUGCUGAAAGGGAUAUUCAAUGUCUUUGUGGUUGAAAUUCACUGCUUGACUAAAGGACCUUAUACAGAUAAUAUUGUGUGACGUACAGAGAUGAUUAAAAAAAUGACGUCAUACACGUA